AUGCAAGCCACAGCGGAUAGUCAUGAAUUGGUGGCCCAUAUGCUGGGUGCCAUGAUGGAAAUCAUAUCGGCAGGAUCUGGACGCUCGGCGGUCAGGGAAGUUUAUACCGCUCGUAUCUACUUGAAAGCCGGGCGGGGAAGCUCGCUGCUAGCGGCAGGGUGCAACAUAACGGAUGUUAGAUUGGCUCGUGGGCCAGCUCAGAAACUCUUAUCGCACCGGCCCACCGCGGGCACUCUGCACGCAAACGGGCUGCUCUUCCUGUCCGAUAACCGCUGCGAGCAGUGGGGAAGCGGUGCCGCACACGAUGGCUGGCACAGCAGAACCUCAGCUGGAGACCCCACGGGGAAACCGAUCUCCGCGCGAGCCUGCUUGCGUGCUUGCGUGCUUGCUGCGUAUCUGGACUCGCAUGGUGACGGCUAUGCUGUGCAUCCCGAUGCAGGAACUCUCCUGGAUCACGUUCCGUUUCACCAUGCAGCUCCUGACCACCUGAUUGUUGAUCGCCAGGUGGGCAUUGCUCGUGGCUCAUACGGAUCCAACAGGUUUACGCAAUUCGUAUCGGCCCGCGCGGCUCAGCGUGAACUGGUGGGCAAGUACCAUCAUUUCAGCAUCUAUAUGGCGCACAUGAAAGCUGUCAAACACGGAUCGGUCGGAGAACUAUACCUGCGUUGGAAAUCUGGCCGUGGUGUUAGGUGUCAAUGCCACACAGGGCAAGCUCACUCGCAUUAG